AUGGGAGAUAGGGAACAUAGAGAUGAUCCCAAAACCUACAACGAGGUGAUAUUUGACAUCGAUUCCGAGAAAUGGCUGGAUGCCAUGAAGUCAGAAAUUGACUCAAUGCAUUCCAACCAGGUUUGGGUUUUGGUAGACCCACCAGAAGGUAUAGUACCUAUCGGGUGUAAAUGGAUCUACAAAAGAAAAAUAGGUUCGGAUGGAAAGGUGGAGACCUAUAAAGCAAGGCUGGUUUCGAAAGGUUACAGUCAACGUAAAGGCAUUGACUAUCAGGGGACCUUUUCACCUGUGGCCAUGCUUAAAUCCAUUCGAACACUGCUUGCCCUUGCAGCGUACUAUGAUGAUGAGAUCUGA